UUUAAAUUUGAAGUCCCUUGUUUGUUUUUUAAUCAAAUUUAUCCCCUGAAAUUUGCCUAAUAUGAUUUAACUUUUUGUGCAGUUUAAAAAUAGUGGAGCGAAAUUUACCUGGUGCGGAUUCCCACGUUAACAACAACAAUAAAAACAAAAUAUAUCUAUAUAUAUAUAUACACAGGUCUGAGAGUUGUGAAAUUUUCAUAUAUGUUUCACAUCACUUGCAGACAGUUCAACACCAUUGGUCCCCUUUCCUCUAUAUUGUUAAAUUUGAUUUUCAAUUAUGACUCGUCAUGCUAGAUUUCUGCUUAGCACCAAUUCUUCUUCAACGCCGGCGGCGGAGCCACCGUCGACGGUGACAGUGGAGUCUGAUUUCGUUGUAAUACUAGCUGCGUUGCUCUGUGCGCUGAUUUGCGUAGUAGGUCUCAUCGCCGUUGCCAGAUGUGCGUGGCUCCGGCGAGGAAUCGGCGCCGCCGGUGGCGGUGGUAGUCAACCGUCGGCGAAUAAAGGGUUGAAGAAAAAAGUGUUGCAGUCGUUGCCCAAAUUCACCUACGAUCCAAGCAGUACGGCUAAUGGUUCGCCGUUCACGGCGGAGUGUGCCAUUUGUCUGGCGGAGUACGCCGUCGGAGAUGAGAUCCGCUUGCUGCCGCAGUGUGGCCAUAGUUUCCAUCUUCAGUGUAUUGAUACUUGGCUGGGUUCACACUCUUCAUGCCCUUCUUGUCGUCAAAUUCUCGUCGUUGCUCGGUGCCGGAAGUGUGGUGAAUUCCCCGCAGUUUCCUGCAAAUCUGACGGUACUCCGGUUACAACUCCGGCCGAAUCUAGUUCAUGUGGUACAUCUACUAGCUCAAAUAAUUUCUUGGUCUAGAAUAACCAAAAAAAAAAAAAGGGAAAGAGGUAAUUAACUUUAAGUAAUAUACACGGACAACAGUGUAAAAAAUCCGAUGUAAUUUACACCAUCAGUGCAGUAGUUUUACCUGUUGUAACAUAUCAGUUACUGUGUUAUGCAGCUUAGGGUACUCAUUAGGGAAGUUACAUGUAAUUAAUCUUGAAUUACAUCUUUGAAAUGACCUGUGUAAUAGCCGGUUUGGAUUGACUUA